CGGCGUCUAUAUCACGCCUCACUUUUUAACAAACCUUCCUCUCUCUAGAAAAUACAAAAAGUGAAAAAAAAAGAAGAAAUCACCAACUCACCAUCUUCUCUGUUAAUAACACAGUCCCACGCAGUCACAUUCUUCCUUCAUUUUGAAAUCUUCUUCUUCAAUUUUUCCAAGCUUCUCAAUUUUGCCGGCCAUUUUUUAUUGUUCAAGUGUGAAAUUGUUGGUGAUAUAUAAUACAAGGAAUUGUAUUUGAGAUUUUGCUGGAGUACAUUUUGGUGAUGGAGAGGCAGGAAAGCAGAAGGAGAGGAGAAAUUAACACUGUAUCUCCGGCGCGUACGCCGAAGUCGAUGGAUAAGUCGACGAGAGAUCUGCGGCCGGAUACAACGAAUACAAGUAAAAAUGAUAGAGAGAAAGGUGUGAAUGUUCAGGUUAUUUUGAGAUGCAGGCCUUUGAAUGAGGAUGAAAAGAGACUUCAGACACCAGUGGUAAUUACUUGCAAUGAGAUCAGAAGAGAGGUUUCUGCUGCUCAAGUAAUAGCAAAUAAGCAGAUUGAUAGGACAUUUACCUUUGACAAGGUUUUCGGUCCGACGUCAAAACAAAAGGACUUGUUUGAUCAUGCUGUAUCUCCUAUUGUUUAUGAAGUGUUAGAGGGAUAUAAUUGCACUAUCUUUGCCUAUGGUCAGACGGGUACCGGGAAGACAUAUACUAUGGAGGGAGGAGCUAGAAAAAAGAAUGGGGAAUUCCCAAGUGAUGCAGGGGUCAUUCCGCGGUCAGUUCGCCGGAUUUUUGACAUAUUGGAAGACCAACAAGCUGAGUAUAACAUGAAAGUUUCCUUUUUGGAGCUGUAUAAUGAGGAUCUAACUGAUCUUCUAGCCCCUGAGGAAUGUUCAAAGUUCAAUGAUGACAAGUCCAAGAAGCCGUUGGCACUUAUGGAAGACGGUAAAGGAGGCGUGUUUGUCCGAGGCUUGGAGGAGGAGAUAGUGACUACUGCAGACGAAAUUUACAAAAUUUUGGAAAAGGGUUCAGCCAAGAGGCGUACAGCAGAAACGCUACUUAACAAACAAAGUAGUCGCUCACACUCUAUAUUUUCUAUUACAAUUCACAUCAAAGAGUUUACUCCGGAGGGUGAGGAGAUGAUCAAAUGUGGAAAGCUUAAUCUUGUUGACCUUGCUGGUUCGGAGAAUAUAUCACGUUCUGGUGCUAGGGAGGGCCGUGCACGGGAAGCUGGAGAGAUUAACAAAAGCUUACUUACACUUGGUCGAUGCAUUAAUGCUCUAGUUGAACACUCUGGUCAUGUUCCAUUUAGAGAUAGCAAAUUAACAAGACUAUUGAGAGACUCCUUGGGAGGGAAAACAAAGACAUGUAUAAUUGCAACAAUAGCUCCAUCAGUUCCUUGUCUGGAGGAGACCCUUAGCACUUUGGACUAUGCAUACCGAGCAAAGAAUAUCAAGAACAAGCCAGAGGUGAAUCAAAAGAUGAUGAAGACUGCAUUGAUGAAAGAUCUGUACUACGAGAUUGAACGGCUCAAGCAAGAGGUGUAUGCGGCAAGAGAGAAGAAUGGAAUUUAUAUACCACGUGAUCGUUAUCUUCUAGACGAAGCAGAAAAGAAGGCAUUGACAGAAAAAGUGGAGAAAAUGGAGCUAGAUAUGGAGACCAAGGACAAGCAACUAGUGGAACUUCAGGAACUCUAUAAUUCUCAACAACAGUCAUCUGCUGAGUUGAGCAGUAAACUUGAAAUGACACAGAAAAAGCUUGAGGAAACUGAGCAUGCAUUCUCUGAUCUUGAAGAGAAGCAUAGGCAAGCAAAUGCAACAAUCAAAGAAAAGGAGUUCAUAAUAACUAAUCUACUGAGAUCAGAGAAAGCCCUAGUUGACCGGGCAAUUGACCUACGUACAGAAUUGGAGAGUGCUGCAUCAGAUAUCUCUAGCUUAUAUGCAAAAAUUGAGAGGAAGGAUAGGAUUGAGGAUGGAAAUAGAACUCUUGUUCAGAAGUUCCAGUCUCAGUUGACACAGCAGCUUCAAGCCCUGCAUAAAACUGUUGAUGCUUCUGUUACCCAGCAAGAGCAGCAAUUGAAAGAUAUGGAGGAUGAUAUGCAAUCUUUUGUAUCAACAAAAUCAGAGGCUGCUGAAGAAUUAAGGCAACGGCUUGUAAAGGUGAAAACCAUGUAUGGCUCCGGCAUCAAAGCAUUGGAUGAUUUUGCCGGAGAACUUGAAGGAAACUCAGAGUUGACAUUUGGAGCCUUGAACUCAGAAGUAUUUAAGCACUCAUCAGCCACUGAAGAGCAUUUCAAUCAAUUUGCUCAUGAGGCUGAUGCAUUGUUGAAUGGGCUUCAAAGAGGUCUGAAUGAUCAGGAAGAGAAGAUAAUAACAUAUGCUCAGAAGCAGCGCGAGGCACAUUCAAGAACUGUGGACACUGCUCGUUCAAUUUCUAAAGUUACUCUGAACUUUUUCAACACCUUAGAUGCACAUGCAUCAAAAUUGACUUGUAUUGUGGAAGAAUCACAAACUGUAAAUGAGCAGAAGUUAUCUGAUUUGGAAAGAAAAUUCGAGGAGUGUGCUGCAAAGGAGGAAAGGCAAUUAUUGGAAAAAGUGGCAGAACUGCUUGCGACUUCAAAUGCUAGGAAAAAGGAACUGGUUCAAGCAGCUGUUACUGGCCUUAGGGAUAGUGCGGCCUCCAGGACUUCUCAACUUCAGCAAGAAAUGUCAACUAUGCGAGAAGAUACGGCAGCUGUCAAGGACAACUGGACAGUCUAUGUGGACAAAACUGAGUCCCAGUACCUUGAGGAUACUUCUGCUGUAGAGAAUGGAAAGAAAGACCUGGAAGGAGUCCUGCAUAGCUGUUUGGACAAGGCAAAGAUGGGAGCACAACAGUGGAAGGAUGCGCAACAGUCGUUGCUAAGCCUUUCAAAGAACAAUAUUUCUUCUAUUGACAAAAUUGUCAAGGGAGGAAUGGAAGCUAAUCAAAGGCUCCGGACAAAGUUUUCUUCUUCUGCGUCAUCUACUUUAGAGGAUGUAGAUGUCACCAACAAGGGUCUCCUUGCUUCUGUUGACCAUUCUUUGCAACUGGAUCAUGAAGCACGUGGAAAUCUUGACUCUAUCAUUACUCCUUGUUGUGAAGAUGUACGAGAACUAAAAAGUGGUCAUCACCAUAAAAUCGUCGAAAUCACCGACAGUGCAGGAAAAUGCCUUUUAACUGAAUACAAGGUGGAUGAGCCAACUUGCUCUACUCCAAAGAAACGAUCAAUCAACCUACCAAGUGUGACAUCAAUAGAAGAACUACGGACACCUGCUUUUGAUGAGUUGUUGAAGUCGUUUUGGGACCAAAAGUCUGGGAAGCAAGCAAAUGGUGAUGUGAAACAUAUUUUUGGACAACUUGAGGGCGCUCAGUCUGUAAGAGACCCCAGGCUUCCUCUCACUGCUAUUAACUAGAGUGAGUUGGCAUUUUGGUUAUUAGAUGCAUAUAUAGCAGCACUAUGCAGCAACCAUGUACAGUAUGUAUAUGAACCAUGUAACUUCCAUUUCUUUAUUCGUUCAUUGAUUGUUGGAUGAAUCUCAACGUGUGUAAUCCGGGAACAUUCUGCAGAAAGAGUAAAAUUUUCAGGAA